AUGGCAGCGCCGCCGGUGAAAUCGCAGCCAUUGCAUAACUUCCCUCUGUCCCAACUGAAAUGGGCCCACAAGAAAUCGUCCUCCGUCGCAGCUGGCUCCGCCCUCCACCCCCACCGCUCCCGCCGCCGCGAUUCCCCUGACGAUCAGGGCCGCCGCGGCCGUCCCGACCCCGACUCCGACCACGAGGCCCAACCUGAGGACCCCGUUCAGGAUCCAGCGGCCGAUUCGCCUCCGAAAGACAAGGUUUUAGCUCCCGAGGCGGCGGUGGAGGGGGACGAGGACGAGGAGGCAAAGCCAUGGAACCUGCGGCCGAGGAAGGAGGUGGCCAGGGCGGUCGCCUCGUCUAGAAAGGAAACGUUCUGUGCCGAGAAAAACGACGGUAAAAACAGCGGCGGGAACUGUAGCGGGAUAAAGUCGCAGAGGCUGAGGGGCAUGGCGGAGGGGGCUCACAACGGCGGUGGGGAGAGGGAGGGAAAGAGGAAAAUCUGGAUUUCACUGUCCAAGGAAGAAAUCGAGGAGGAUGUUUACGCGUUUACCGGCGGAAGACCUUCCCGGAGGCCAAGAAAAUGGCCUAGGAACGUUCAGAAGCAGCUAGAUAAUGUAUUUCCUGGGAUGUAUUUGGUUGGGGUUGCAGCUGAUUCGUAUCGAGUUAUGAUGUCCUGGUAUGCCUCAUUCAUUCUGUUCUUAUUGUUUUUGCUGCCUUUUGCUAUCCUUAAUCUAGCUGAGGUUUUUUGGCCUUGCAUGCUUUAG